UAAAGCUUUACUAUUGUAGGUUCGAGGUUGAACUCACUCUGGAACUGGGUAUGGUGUUUUUUACCGAAUAAGGAAAAAAAAUGCCAAGGUGUGACGUGAUCUAUGUUAAAUUCUCAGAGUAGUUCGAUCGAUGGUCCUUCUAUGUUAGGGCUUCACUCUUGUCUGAAGUUUCAGCUUCUACUUCCUGCUGACUACAAGAAGAAUCGAAAUUUUGUUCUCUUGAUGGUUACAUAAACCCAGCAUUAUGCUGGUACUGGGUGCAGUUUAAGGCAUGGAAUUUCCCAUACAAUUUCAAAGGUUAUGCCACAUUGAGAAAAGGAGAUGGCUCUUUGUAGUGGGUUUGGUAGCAAUCACUCAUUUGUUUUGCCAGUCCCUGAUGCUUCCAUAUGGAACUGCUCUUCUAUCUCUUUUUUCUGGGGAUGACCUUCCGGGACGGGGCAUCUUCUUGUCUGGAUCAUCAUCUGUUAAUUCUACUGUGGUUAGAAACUCCAUCCUUUUUAAUGUUUCAAAUUCAGUUGAUGCUACUCUGAUUGUCGGCGUGGUAACAACUCUUAAAAAACAUAAUGUGGUUGGAGAAAUUGGGCAUAGCAGUGGACCAAUGGGAGAUAAUAGAAGCAUGAAAAAUGAGUUUGAUCUGGGGAUGAAUGAUCUACAAAAAAUUAGCGAACAUGAUAUCGAUACGAAAGGCGAUGAUUCUGAAGACCAGAAUUUUGUAGACUUGAAUGAUAAUUAUGUCAUAGACCACGAUCUAGAUUAUAUUUCAGUCUCAGAAAAGGCAAAUGAAAGUAGGCGGAUUCUGCCAGUAGAGCAGAUUGUUGAACAUAGUGAUGGAACUUCCAAAGAAACUAUCCCAGAAGCAGAUACAAAUGUGAUGCCAAGGGAAGUUGGGGCAAUUAACAUCACAUCUCCAGUGAACCUGGUAUCAAAUGGAAGCAUUGCAAUUGGUUCUGCUGCUUCGAAAAGAUCUUCAGGUGGAGCAGAAAUAAGACUAGUAUCAAGGGAUGGAAGCCAUCUAAAAUUGCAAAGUGGUCUUGGAAUGUCAAUUAGUACCUUGACAACAGUGAAUAAUACAAUGACGAAGAAGCUGAGAUGUGAUAUGCCUCCAAAAUCAGUAAUGUCAAUAUACGAGAUGAACCAGUUAUUAGUUCGACACCGCCGUUCAUCACGUGCAAUGAGGCCACGAUGGUCCUCGGUGCGUGAUCAGGAAAUUCUAGCGGCAAAAUCACAGAUUGAGAAUACCCCUAUUGCGAAGAAUGAUGGGGAGCUCUAUGCUCCUCUCUUUAGAAAUGUUUCCAUGUUUAAAAGGAGCUAUGAACUGAUGGAACGAACCCUCAAAGUCUAUGUCUACAAGGAUGGAGAAAGGCCUAUAUUUCAUCAGCCAAUACUCAAGGGGUUAUAUGCGUCUGAGGGAUGGUUUAUGAAACUGAUGGAGGGAAAUAAACAGUUUGUUGUGAAAGACCCUAGAAGGGCACACCUAUUUUACAUGCCUUUUAGUUCACGGAUGCUAGAGUAUACCCUUUAUGUCCGUAACUCUCACAACCGUACAAACCUACGCCAAUUUUUGAAGCAGUACUCGGAAAGAAUUGCAGCCAAGUAUCGCUUCUGGAAUAGAACUGGUGGAGCUGAUCAUUUUCUUGUGGCCUGCCAUGAUUGGGUAUGAUUUCCAUGCUUCUCCGAUUUUUCUUGCUUUUGGGUGAAGUAGUUGUGUAUAUUCAACAUGUCCUCAGUUCUACACAUUACCAGAUCGUACUGGUAUUCAAUGAUGAGUUUGUUAAUUGAAACGAGAAAAUGAUGCAAAUGCCGGGAGGCUGGAAAUAGAUUGAAGACAAGGUUUAGGUAGUGCAAAUGGAAGGCACAGAACAACCAAGUAUAUGAAGUAUGAACAGGUGUCAUCGCUACCUUAUCAUCGAAAAUUAAAAGCAUUCAAAUUGGUGUAACUCAGUGAAGGGUUGUGCCUGUGCCGUUAAGACCAGUUUCCGUAGAUCUCUUUCCUACGUCCAGUCUCUCUCUCAUGUGGAUAUCCGUCAACAUUUUCACAAACUAUUUUCAUAUGUGAUCAUCUAUGGGAAUUGGACUCCCUAUAGCUUUCCAUCUGCCUCUCUACUUAAAUGACUGAACCUCGGAUUUGUAUGGUGACAACACAAUCACACAUCAUACUGGCUGGACAGAUGCCUUGGAAUGUCAUGUUGUGUCAUUUUGCAGGGGUUUGAUACUGUGGGUAGUAUUUGGAAGCUGACAUUUUUCGUUGGUUGAGUUAUUUGUAGGCUCCGUAUGAGACAAGGCACCAUAUGGAGCACUGUAUCAAAGCCCUCUGCAAUGCCGAUGUAACUGCAGGCUUCAAAAUCGGGAGGGAUGUGUCUCUUCCAGAAACAUACGUUCGCUCCGCCAGAAAUCCACAACGUGAUCUGGGCGGAAAACCUCCUUCUAAAAGGAACAUAUUUGCCUUCUAUGCUGGAAACAUACACGGGUAUCUUCGUCCAAUCUUACUAAAGUACUGGAAAGACAAAGACCCCGAUAUGAAGAUACUCGGUCCCAUGCCUCCCGGAGUUGCAAGCAAAAUGAACUACAUCCAGCACAUGAAAAGCAGCAAGUACUGCAUCUGUCCCAAGGGUUAUGAAGUUAAUAGCCCCCGUGUUGUUGAAUCAAUUUUCUACGAAUGCAUACCGGUGAUCAUAUCAGAUAAUUUCGUGCCUCCUUUUUUCGAGGUUUUGGACUGGGGUUCUUUUUCAGUAAUUCUUGCAGAGAAAGACAUCCCGAAGUUGAAAGACAUACUCCUUUCAAUACCAGAGGAGAAGUAUCUUGACAUGCAACUCGCGGUGAGGAAGGUGCAGAAGCAUUUCCUUUGGCAUGCUAAGCCCUUGAAGUAUGACCUUUUCCACAUGACCCUUCAUUCUAUCUGGUAUAACAGAGUUUUUCAGAUCAAGCCUAGAUGAUUUCUGUUGAGGCUUUCGAACGAGUGGGAGUGGGUUUGCUGCUGUAAACAGUUAUUGUGCUUAGAUGUUGUACCAUUUUUUCUCUUGUAAAGAAGACCAGUAUCCUUGGCUUGAAAUGGGGAGUUAGUGUUUCUGAA